CUCUCCUCUCUAUCCUUUUCCUUUCCUUCCACUGCUCUGCUCUUGCUCUCCGUCUCUCCCCACACUGCCACUGCCAGCCUCCCUCCCCUCCCCUUCGCUCGCCAUGGCCAUGGCGACCUCCACCUUCUCCCCGCGCCCCGCCACCCUCAACAAGCCCCUGCGACCUGGCGCCAAGCCCGCCAGCCUCCUACCCUUCCCGUGCCGCCGUGCCGGCAGACUCGUCUGCGCCACCGCUGCCGGGGAGGCGCCGCCCGUCGAGGUCGAGCAGCGGGACGAGGCGGAGCCGGCCCCCGCCGCGGCCUCCAACGGGGCCGCCGUCAAGGCCGAGGCGCCCGCCCCAAAGGCCGUGCAGGCUGAGGCCCCGCCGGCGCCCGCGCCGGUCCCGGCCUUCCGGGACGCCAGGUGGGUCAACGGCACCUGGGACCUCACCCAGUUCGACAAGGGCGGCGUCGUCGACUGGGACGCCGUCAUCGACGCCGAGGCCAGGAGAAGGAAAUGGCUUGAAGAUUAUCCAGAGGCCACUAGCACAGACGAGGCUGUCGUCUUCGACACUUCAAUUAUCCCAUGGUGGGCAUGGAUGAAGCGAUUCCACCUUCCUGAAGCCGAGAAGCUAAAUGGUCGCGCUGCCAUGGUUGGCUUCUUCAUGGCAUACUUUGUGGAUAGCUUGACGGGCGUGGGCCUUGUUGACCAAAUGGGCAACUUCUUCUGCAAAACGCUGCUGUUUGUUGCCGUCGCUGGUGUACUGCUAAUCAGGAAAAAUGAGGACAUUGAAUCACUGAAGAAGCUUAUCGACGAGACUACGUUCUAUGACAAGCAAUGGCAGGCAACCUGGCAAGAUGAUUCCACUGGGGGACCAAAGAAUUAGUUCAGCAUUGGGAUACAGAUGCAGAAUCGUUCUUGUGAUGUACUUUACCUCUUUCUUCGGCCUUUUUGUUUCGCCGUCUCGUGAGGCUUGGAGGAACAUUUUGACAAACCGUAAUAAUCUACGUGAUCCUGUAAAAUAGUAUGGACUCACUUUGUGUGCUAGAGAUAAUUACGUGCAGUUUCAAUGCUUUAUAUGGUUUGCCAUCUCAAA